UUCCUCUGGAUUAGGUCUCUCCCAAGCUGUUGGGCAACUGAGACGGACUGAACUACUUCAUGCUAACGGGACAGAUUCUCACAAAGGACACAGGACUCUUUCAGGUGUUUUGUGUUGUUUGAGAGCUGUUCUAAAGAUUACCUGCAUACCCACCCCAGUUUGACUGCAGCUGCUGACCUAGGAGGGGAGAAAAGUGAAUGAACUGUGAAAAGAAGCUAAUGGGUUCAUCUGUAAUGUCUGUCCUGUUGAUUUUCUCUGUGCACUGACGUCUUUUUGACAAAAGAAGUUGGGCAAUGUUUUUUUCUUAAUUAAUAUACUUGCAAAACCUCAGCCUUCAGGUGGCCUAUGACAUAACUGGCGUCUCCUUGUGCCUUGUUGUGUCCAUAUUUUGACAAGCACUCACUCUACACCUCAAAAUGAAGCUUUGCUCACUUCACUCAAUGUUCAUCCCUCGAGUUCGACUUCAGAGAAGCACGGAUGCAUGGACCAUUCCUCUCGUUCUCUAUGUGCUGCUCCUUCUUUCAGGGUGUGCUGGGAGUGGUAUGCCAGGUUCGGAGCACACUGAGUACCUUUCACACCCUCGUUUUAUAUGCACCCCUAUUCCAGCCGAUGCUGACCCUGCCUGCUUCCCCUCUGGGGCUGUCCCGGGAGCGGGUGGGCCAAGCAUGAAUGGGCACCACAGCGGGCACCACAGUGGGCCAGGUAUGAGCGGCAGUGCCUGGUGGGGCAUGUCAGAAGAGGCCAAGGCUACAAUCCUGCACCUGCGGGAGAGCCUGGUGCAGCAGAAGGAAACAAUCUUGGACCAAAGAGAAACCAUCCGUGAGUUGACUGCCAAGCUGACCCUGUGCCAGGGCUUCGGGACCACCCUGGGAACCCACGAUAGUGAUCACCUCCAUGUGCCUCCUCACCUGGCACAUCACACCUACCCCACCAUGCCUGACAGUGGUCAUCAUGGCUAUGCUCCUGACAGUGGUCACCAUGGCACCCAUGCCACAGAGCCCAGCCACUAUGGGCAUCACCGAGGAAAGGCAGCUCUGGGUGAUAAGUACACCACCAGCGAUCUGACCCCUUCACCCUCAUCCACUCCCGAACAGAUGGGAAGAAUGCUGAUGGCUCUUAAAGAGAGGCUGGAGAAUCUGCAGACACGGAACACCUCAACCACCUACUCCAGCUCGCUAAAAGACCUGCUGCAGCGCAAGAUCGCCGCUCUAGAGCAGCAGAUGCUGCACCAUACCAACUCACUCUCCAGCAGCAACCACCAUGACAAUGACGAGGAUGACGGAGACGAUCACCACAGCGACCAUCACGACGACAGUGGUCAUGAGACCCACAGCGACGACCAUGAGCACCAUGACGAAGACCACGAACACCAUGAUGGGCAACACCAUGAUGACGAUCACCAUGACGACAGCCAAGACCAUCAUGACAGCAGCUACGAUGAUGUUCACCUUGCCAAUGGAGAGCAUGAAGACAGCCACCAUGAUAACAAGGCCGCCGGUCACAGCUACCCAAGGAUGUCCUACCAUUCACAAGGCCACAGUGGGCAGAGCAAGCUGGAUGCAGUACUGAACCACCUCACCCACAGGCUGUCAGAGACAGGUUUGAGGAAGAAGAGCAAGGCUACUGGAGGUUUCCAGAUAGGAUUCCCCAUGCGCACCAACUACAUGUACGGACGAGUGAAGGGAACACUGCUGCAUGAGAUUUUUGCCCUGACGCUAUGCCUGUGGAUGAAGGGAGGGGCAGGACCAGGACUAGGAACACCAUUCUCCUACUCUGUCCCAGGACAGGCUAAUGAACUGGUGCUGAUAGAAUGGGGGAACAAUCCAAUGGAGCUACUGAUCAAUGACAGGGCUGUGACCUUACCACUCUCACUGAGUGAUGGGAAAUGGCAUCAUGUGUGUGUGACAUGGUCAACACGAGACGGACUGUGGGAGGCAUAUCAGGAUGGAGUGAAGAGAGGAUCUGGGGAAAACCUCUCAGCAUGGCACCCAAUCAAACCUGGAGGAGUGUUCAUACUGGGACAAGAACAGGACACACUGGGUGGCCGGUUUGAUGCUACUCAGGCAUUUGUGGGGGAGAUCUCAGACCUGCAACUGUGGUCCCAUAUCCUCACACCUCACGACAUCUACAGCUUGGCGUCCUGCGGGGGUCAUAUGACCGGUGACAUUAUCACAUGGGCGGAGUCGGUGGUGGAGCUGCAUGGCGGGGUCACCAAAUACCCCUUCGACCCCUGCCACUAAGGUCAUUUGAAAUGACAUUUCAAAAACAAACAGGACUAGUAUAACAGAACAGAAGCUGGUGAGCUUUUGUUAUAAAGUAUAUUUAAGCAUCAGCUGAGCAUAAUAAGAGAACCUUCAUGAAUUAUGGACAGUGGUGGAAACACAACAAACCUCAAUAUUCCCAUUUCAAGUAAAUGGCCUUCUGUUAAAAUAACCUACAUAACCUUCAACCAACCAGGGAGAAGUUCACAAACACACCCUGGGUCAUGAGGAUGGUUAAGUGCCUUCCUCUUGGGCACAAAGACAUGGGGAAAGGCCAGGCUGUUAAAAGCUGUGGGGCAGAACCAACGCCUUCUGCUUUCCUGGUCAAUCUGGCAAUAAACCAUCAUCUAUUCCACUGACACAUGUGUUGCAUGGAUAGUACCAGUCAGGCGUUUGGACACACCUGACAAUGAAGGGAGGGUUUUUUUUUACUGUUUUAGAGGAGAGGAAUGAAGGUCAGUAGAGACAAGAUGGAAUACAUGUGUGUGAAUGAGAGGGAGGCAGGUGGAAGGGUGAAG